AUGACCUCCAUAUCAGACAUUGACCCAUAUGUGGUGUUGGGAGUCCAGAAAGAUGCAACCCUGGCUGACAUCAAAUCCGCCCAUCGCAAACUGGUGCUGAAGUGGCACCCCGACAAGGUCAAGGACGAAAGCCAACGGAGUCAGGCUCAGGAUGAGUUUCAAAAGGUCCAACAGGCCUACGAACUUCUGUCCGAUGAGACAAGAAGGGCCAAAUAUGACAACAAGGUCCGUCUUGCGGAGCUUCGACGAGAGAUGAUGGCGCGCGGCGGGAAUCCUAACGGUUCACCCUCGCGAAGUAAUGGUUCUGGUUCCACCGUGCCCCGCGAAUACCGCAAUGGGCGGAUUUACGAAGAAAGAACUCCGGCCGAUGCGACCAACUACUACGAGGAGGACGGCUUAUAUUCCGACGGAACACGGCCGACAGCUCGCAAGUACGAUGAUUAUGGCAAGCGACGGGCCAAGGUGGCGGAGGAGAAGAAGAAGAAGGAGGCGAAGAGUGUCCCCCUGAGUGCCGCCCGCGCCGCGAAAGAGAUGCUUCGGGACAACGUCAAGACGACCCACUCGUCUCGCGACAAGUACCGUACCAAGGAACGCAAGCGGGAUGCCUACGACAAGAGGUAUCCCGAACGGGCCGCCCCGUACAGCGAGUCUGAAGAUGACGGCGCGGCUUCCGAUUCUAGCGCAUCAUCAUACUACGUACGAGUCAAACGGCCCUCGGAGAAACGAAGCCGGGAGUCGUCCACACGCAAGGCUCGACCAACCGAAUCAACCCGUCGCCCGGAGCCUGCACGUUACGAAUCGGAGGAUUACUCAGAUCGCAUGGAGUCGAAGCAUGAGAAGAUGCACACUACCGCGCGGGACUACAUUCUACGAUCGAAAGGAACCGUUCCCAUUGAAAUUGAUCGAAGGGCACGGGCAUCUCGGUCGCCUCCUCGUCCUCACGCUUACGAUUCAGCUGAUCCCGAGUCCUCCUCCUCCCGGCGCUCGAAUCGAUCCAAUCGUCCCAGCAAGGAAACUGUGCGGAGCUCAAGCUCCCGCAACAACUCUUACGAGCAUAUUGAGUCCCAGUCUCGACCCUACGACGCGAAGGUCCCCAGCAUGCCCACGGCUGCAACAUCACCAGCUGUCAAAGUAUCCUCGUCAAUUCGUCCUUCUCUUCAAUCUUCACGAUCUGCAUCUACAGCGCAGUCCCAUUCCCGACCGAAGACCCUAGGUCGUACGGAGCAGUUCCUUCUACACAUGGUACACGACGGCAACUCUCGGACGACGAAGCUCCGAAAUACAGACAAGUAUGACUCCGGGUAUUCUAGUCCGGGAACGCCGGACUUACCACCAGGCGAGAGCCCGAUGAAGACCAGAUAUAAGAUCGUGCCAGAUACAGUCCUGGUGGAGCCGAGCAUGCCGUCACCCCACGCGUCCUCAAGACAUGCAAGGGGGCACUCGCCGCCUCGACAAGAUCGUUCGGGGUCGAGCCGUCCUAUGCCAAAACCAGUUCGCAGCAGUACUUAUGCUUACCCAGCGGAGUAUUCAGGUCGCUAUGAGUCGUCAUCUCGGCCUAGUGCCUCGAGGCAGUCUUCUUCGCGACCCCUCUAUGGUGAGGUGGAAUACACCCGUAGCAAGGAUCGAGAUUACAAGUACGCACGCGAGAUCGGGCCAGAGCAUAUCCCCCAUUCCGGUCGCGAUGCCUAUUCCCGGCGCAUGGACGAUUAUCCCCAUCCACCGAUAGGAAGGCGGCAAUCUGCUUACGCUCAAUGA